GUCACAUCAAACUCUGCAUCUCCAAGUUCUACAGGCCCGAGAACACGCACAAGUCCACCAAGGCGAGCUACCACGCCGACAUCAACCUGCUCUACUGGAGCGACGAGGAGGCCACCGUGGAGUUCCGGGCGGUGCAGGGCCGCUGCUCCGUGGUCUAUGGAGAAGACCUCACCGAGAGCAUCCAGGACUACUCGGCCGGCGGCCUGGACCGCUUCUACUUCCUGGAGGCUUACAACGCCAAGACCAAGAGCUUUGAGGAUCCUCCCAACCACGCCCGGAGCUCCGGGACCAAAGGGAAGGGGAAGGGGAAAGGGAAAGGGAAGGGCAAGGCGAGGGCGGCGGGCGCGGAGCCGAGCGAGCGGGAGCCCCCCAGGCCGCAGGAGCCCCCCAAGCUGAGGACCCUGGACGUCUUCUCGGGCUGUGGAGGCCUCUCCGAGGGCUUCCACCAGGCAGGUGUGUCGGAGACGCUGUGGGCCAUCGAGAUGUGGGAGCCGGCGGCGCAGGCGUUCCGCCUCAACAACCCCGGCACCACGGUGUUCACCGAGGACUGCAACGUGCUCCUCAAGCUGGUCAUGGCCGGCGAGAGGACCAACGCCCUGGGCCAGAAGCUGCCCCAGAAGGGCGACGUGGAGAUGCUGUGCGGGGGCCCCCCGUGCCAGGGCUUCAGCGGCAUGAACCGCUUCAACUCGCGCACCUACUCCAAGUUCAAGAACUCCCUGGUGGUCUCCUUCCUCAGUUACUGCGAUUAUUACCGGCCGCGCUUCUUCCUGCUGGAGAACGUCCGGAACUUCGUGUCCUUCAAGAGGUCCAUGGUGCUCAAGCUGACCCUGCGCUGCCUGGUGCGCAUGGGCUACCAGUGCACCUUCGGGGUGCUGCAGGCCGGUCAGUACGGUGUUGCCCAGACGCGCCGCCGCGCCAUCGUGCUGGCGGCCGCCCCCGGCGAGAAGCUGCCGAUGUUCCCCGAGCCCCUGCACGUGUUCGCCCCCCGCGCUUGCCAGCUCAGCGUCGUGGUGGACGACAAGAAAUUCGUCAGCAACAUCACGCGGACGUUCUCGGGCCCGUUCCGCACCAUCACCGUGCGCGACACCAUGUCGGACCUGCCCGAGAUCCGCAACGGCGCCUCGGCGCUGGAGAUCUCCUACAACGGCGAGCCCCAGUCGUGGUUCCAGCGGCAGAUCCGCGGCUCGCAGUACCAGCCCAUCCUCAGGGACCACAUCUGCAAGGACAUGAGCGCGCUGGUGGCGGCGCGGAUGCGGCACAUCCCGCUGGCGCCCGGCUCCGACUGGCGGGACCUGCCCAACAUCGAGGUGCGGCUCUCGGACGGCACCAGCACCCGCAAGCUGCGCUACACCCACCACGAGCGCAAGAACGGCCGCAGCAGCUCCGGCGCCCUGCGCGGCGUCUGCUCCUGCGCCGAAGGGAAGCCGUGCGACCCGGCCGACCGGCAGUUCAACACGCUGAUCCCGUGGUGCCUCCCGCACACCGGCAACCGCCACAACCACUGGGCGGGGCUGUACGGGCGCCUCGAGUGGGACGGCUUCUUCAGCACCACCGUCACCAACCCCGAGCCCAUGGGCAAGCAGGGCCGCGUUCUGCACCCCGAGCAGCACCGCGUGGUCAGCGUGCGGGAGUGCGCGCGCUCCCAGGGCUUCCCCGACACCUUCCGGCUCUUCGGCAACAUCCUGGACAAGCACCGGCAGGUGGGUAACGCGGUGCCCCCUCCCCUGGCCAAGGCCAUCGGGCUGGAGAUCAAGGCCUGCGCUGCGGCCAAGCUGCGCCAGGACACGGCCGGUCCGGUGCGCGCUGUCGCCGCUGUCGCCGCUGUCCCGGUCCCGGUCCCGUCCCCGUCCGGCGCCGCCUGAGGCGGGAGCGGGGCCGGGGGUGGGGCCGGGGCUGCUGCGCCUUCGC